AUGGAGCUUUCGCCUUUCCUAGCUACGGAGACCAUGGCUUGGGAGGAGGCUGAAGCAGGACUGACCCGGAUGAAGGCAUAUCGUUCACAUGCAAGAAAAUUACUGAGUGAAAAGGUCAAUAUGGAAGAAGCACAAAAGUGUUUAAACUCCGAUUUAUCCCCGGAGAUAUACAAUGGUCUGUUUGCGUGUGUUGCAAUUUCUCGACAUGCCUACCGGUGGGCAACAAUCCCCAUAAUCAAAGUUGCGCAGGAAGAAACGGUUGUUGAAUUCCCCCCUGAACUCGACAUGGCGUGGAGUUUUCUCCAGCAGCGAUAUGGAGUCACGUCUCCUGGCGGAAACGUCACGUCAAACUUUUAUUGCAAUUACGACUCCGAUGAUAAUCUCGUGUAUACGUUCAAUGUCGGAAUGCCCGACGCCAUCCGUGCGGCAGAGUACCAUUUUGGACAUAUUUUCCCAGCCAUGGAGAGACAGGGGCUACCGAUAUAUUAUCAUAUGGUUAUGGCUAUAUUAUCUUCCAAGCGCGACGAUCUAAAACAGACCGUUCAACACCUGAAAUCAAUCAGCGAACAUCUCAAACCAACUCUUAAGAUAUUCUUUGAUUCUUUAGUGGACUCCAAGGUAUCUAAAAAAUACUGGAUGCGAUACGUACAAGGAAUUCAAGGAUGGGCAGCUGGCAAUAUGGUGGAUAGUAAGUAUAUUGAAUACGAUGGAUUAUCUGGAAACCAGCUCCUGCUCUUACAUUGUGUGGAUGCUUUUCUCGGCCUUGAGCCUUAUCUGCCUAUCGAAAAUACGCUCCGGUACAUUCCUCAUCUACAAAGGGAGCUCAGCACGGCAUUCAGUAAACACAGCUUCCGGCGGAAAGCGGAGAAAGCCAAUAAUAGCCGUGUGGUUGCUGAGAUGGAUUCUAUCGCCAAGCAGCUUCGGCUCUUCCGAGCUUCCCACCGCUCCCGAGCAACUCCAUACUUAAGUGUUCCCGCUCCUGAGAGGUUGAUCAUGACUGCUGGCAAGUCUGUAUUGGAAAGCGAUGCAAUCCAGAAUGUUAAAUCAGCCAUUGGAUUUUUAGAUGUCUUGCUACUAAAGCGAUUUCAACAAACUAGAUGA